UAGUGUGAGUUCGUGCAACGUCAUUUUACUCUUUGUUAUUUAGUUAUUAGUUUACAACUUUAACAAGAAGGUUUUAGUUAACAAACCUUACGGUGAAAUAGGUGUGUAUUAAACACUCUUAUGUUACUGAUAGAUAACUCGGAGUGGCCGUAGAUAAAACGAAUGGAUAAGAAGGAGGUAACUCUGGCGGUGAUAGAUGCCGUUGAAAAGUAUCCACUUUUGUACUCCGGAGAGUCCCACUUCAACGCCCGUCGCGCGGAUCAUGUGCAAGCUUGGAACGAAGUGGCAGCGGAAGUCGGUCAAGGAGUAAAUGCAACUGACUGCAAACAACGCUGGAAUGUCCUUCGAAGAAAUCACACGAAAUUUCUACGGACAGGUCGUAAUACCAUAAAGAUUCCUGGCAUUCACGAGCGGCUCAGUUUUCUAAAUAGCUGGAUCAAGUCCAAUAAGGACAAGGAAGCAAAAAGAUCUCAAUUACGUAGCUUAGCGUUUAAUAUUGAGUUAGUCAAACUCGUGGAACAGCAUCCGUGGCUUUAUAACGAUCAACCAAGGAGCACAGCAGAGGAUGGAGAGGCGUGGGAAAAAAUCGCCAGUAUCAUGAGCGAUGAUGUUUCAGUAACUUCCGAAGACAUGCGAACACAGUGGCUAUCUCUGCGUCGAAUUUACGUCCAAUUCAUGCAAGAUAGUCCCCAAGAUAGUCCUCAACGAAUCGAAUCGUACAUGCACUUUCUAAUACCGCAUUUGAAAUUUCCAAUCAAGACAAAUUUCGUCCCCAAAUCGGUGGAAUGUUCCGAUUUGCCGACAGAGUCGGAAACCACUCGAGUCGAGGAUUACGACCACCUCGGGUACGAUCCGGGAGACCAGGAUGCCACUUUCCUGCUCAGUAUCCUGCCCCACCUGAAGGCCAUGACCGGACAUCAGCGAAGGAAGUUUAAAGUAUGUGCAGUCACGCUAAGUGCGGAUAUGCUAAGUGAUUUUAACUGAUUCGAAUUAAGUAAAUUUAUCAUUUAUUGUAUUGAUUCAUUAAAGAAAAUUUGAUGCUGCUUAAAAAAGUGUAUACAUAACGCUUAAGUGAUUUAAACUUUUGAUAGGAUUAUCAGAUCUUGAUUUUUUUUGGGAUCACUGGAAAGAUCAUUCAAGUACUUUUCAUACAAAAAACAGUUUAUUUUGAAGUUCAAGAAUUCAGAAGUUUACUUUUCGAGUGAUUUUAGGCGUCAUCCAUAAAGUAUAUCACGCUAAAAUUGGUCAAAAUCAACCCCCCUCCCUCCCAUGUCACACUCAAAAGUACGUCACGCUUUGUCGGACCUCCUUAACUCCCCCCAUCUCGAUUUUUUGUACUUUUUUUUUAUUUUUGCUGGUUGAGUUUGAUUUUUUUUUUUUUCAAAAUUU